AUGAGAAGCGUUCCAAAAGAGUUAACAUUGCGAGAUCAUCAGAUCGAGGCGAUUGUGACGAUGCUCAACCUUAACACCAAACCAGAAGUUGCAGUUGUACCAGCAUCAUCGGAGAAUACGGCAAUUCCUUUAGCAAAUAAUGAACCGGUAUGGAAGGUUUUGAUAUUUGACGAAUUUGGUCGGGAUAUCAUUUCUUCUGUCCUUAAAGUUAACGAUUUACGCGAGAACGGUGUAACUGUUCACAUGUUGUUAAGAAGUGAAAGACAACCUAUCUCAGAUGUUCCUGCGAUUUAUUUUGUCGAGCCGACAUCGGAAAAUAUACAAAGAAUUAGUGAGGAUUUGGCCAAAAACCUAUACGAAUCCUAUUAUAUUAAUUUUUUGACAGCUAUUUCACGACCUUUACUUGAAGAGUUAGCGGCUACCACAAUAUCAAAUAACACAUCAAAUUUGAUCUCGCAAGUCUACGAUCAAUACCUAAAUUUUAUUGUCUGUGAACCGAACCUUUUUUCUUUAAAUCAGCCAAACAUUUAUUAUUCGUUAAAUGAUCCAACCACCGCGGAAACAGCUAUAGAGCGAGCAAUUGACCGCACGGUUAGUUCUUUAUUCUCCAUGUUAGUCACCAUGGGAGUCAUACCAAUUAUUCGUUGUCCGAGAGGAAAUGCUGCAGAAAUGAUUUCACAAAAGCUUGAUAGUCGAUUACGAGAUCAUGCAUUAAAUUCACGAAACAAUCUAUUUUCGGAAAGCUCAACAUCCCUAAAUUUUCAAAGGCCUGUACUGAUAAUUCUUGAUAGAAAUAUUGAUCUUGUUCCAAUGUUGAGCCAUUCUUGGACCUAUCAAGCAUUGAUUCAUGAUGUCUUGGACAUGCAUUUGAAUAGAAUUACCAUUGAAACAGAUGAAAUGGGACGAAAUAUAAAUAGAAGUUACGAUUUGAAUAGCGAAGAUUUCUUCUGGGCAAAGAAUGCAUCAAGUCCAUUUCCACAAGUGGCUGAAGAUAUUGACGUGGAACUCAAUCGUUAUAAGAAUGAUGCUGCUGAAAUUACUAAACUUAGUGGAGUAAACUCAUUGGAUGAUAUGGAUCAAGUUAAUUUUUCUCAAAAUACUCAACAUUUAAAGUCAGCCAUCACAGCUUUACCAGAGCUUACAGCACGAAAACAAACAUUGGAUAUGCAUAUGAAUAUCGCAACAUCUUUAUUAAAAGGGAUUAAAGAACGUCAACUUGAUACGUUCUUUCAAAUGGAAGAGUCUAUAACUAGACAAAAUAAAUUAGCGGUGUUGGAAGCUAUUAGAGAUCCCGAGAAAAAGUCUCCAGAGGACAAACUAAGAUUUUUUAUAAUUUAUUAUUUAUCGGUUGAAGAAGUUCCUAAGGAUGAUAUGGCUGAAUAUGAGGAUGCAUUGAGUUCUGCCGGUUGUAACUUAGAUGCAUUGAAUUAUGUUAAAAAAGUACGUGAAAUCACUAGGAUGACAAUGAUGACAACUAUGACUCCUCAAAGCUCUGGUUUUGGACAAUCUAGUCAACUUUUCCAAGGAUUUAGUUCUAUAGGAAAUAAGCUUUCGGAUCGAUUGAAAGAAGGAGGCUUUGACAAUUUAUUAUCUGGUGUCAAAAAUUUCUUACCUACUCGUAAAGAUUUAACUCUUACGAAAAUUGUAGAAUCUAUUAUGGAACCGUCUGCAAUUGGAGCAAAUGAGACAGAAGAUUAUUUAUAUUUCGACCCAAAGAUGGCAAGAAGCUCUAGCGUAAAUAAACAAAAUAGAAAUAGACAUUCUUUCCAGGAAGGAAUGGUGUUUGUAGUUGGCGGUGGGAACUACAUUGAAUAUCAAAAUUUACAGGAAUAUGCACAGCGACAGGCUAUCAAGAAAAAAAUUAUUUAUGGUUCUACGCAACUUUUGAAUCCUCAUGCAUUUUUACAAGAACUUGCUAAACUUACUUAA